AUUUCAUCACGCAUUACUCGCUCAAGAUUUCUCACAGAGCUCUCCUCUAAAAAUCUCAUCACCCCUUUUCACAAACCGCGUUCGUUUUCGUCUACUUACAGCCUGAGCUAUUCGUCUUCUGGGCUCGACGUGACUUCGAGGGUUUUGGCAGAAAAUAACUGAAAUAUGGCAAAUGGGGCGGCUGUUGCUGAGAGGGCUACCAGUGACAUGCUGAUUGGUCCGGAUUGGGCCAUAAAUAUAGAAUUAUGCGACAUAAUAAACACGGAACCUGGGCAAGCUAAGGACGCAUUGAAGAUAUUGAAGAAAAAAUUGGGGAAUAAAAGUCCUCAAAUACAGCUCCUUGCGCUGUUUGUGCUGGAGACUCUUAGCAAAAAUUGUGGGGAAAAUGUGUUUCAGCAGAUUGCUGAGAGGGACAUAUUACAUGAUAUGGUCAAAAUUGUGAAGAAGAAGCCUGAUUUGAAUGUGAGGGAGAAGAUUCUGGUUUUGAUUGAUUCUUGGCAAGAAGCUUUAGGGGGACCUGGGGAAAAAUUUCCCCAGUAUUAUGCAGCUUACAAUGAAUUGAAGUCUGCUGGGGUCGAUUUUCCACCUCGAGAAGAAAACAGUGUUCCACUUUUCACGCCACCACAAACACAUCCAAUAGUCCACACUACUUCUCCAUAUGAGGAAGCCGCUGUUCAAGCCUCUCUUGAAUCCGAUGUCUCUGGACUUAGCUUGCCAGAGAUUCAAAAUGCUGAUGGGCUUGCGGAUGUUCUGAUGGAAAUGUUAGCUGCCUUGGAUCCAAAUAAUCCUCAGGGUGUGAAGGAUGAGUUCAUUGUCGACAUAGUUGACCAGUGCCGUUUGUACCAAAAGCGUGUCACGGUCCUCGUGAACAAUACCGCAGACGAGGAUCUCUUAUGCCGAGGACUAGCGUUGAACGAUAAUUUGCAGCGGGUUUUAAGUAAGCAUGAUGAUAUUGCAAAGGGAUUAUCAGCAGCUCCUGUUGUAACUAACCGGGAAAAUCGAGCCCCGCCACUUACGAACGUGAAUCAUGAGGAUGAUGAGCAUGAAGACGAUUUUUCCCAACUAGCACGAAGAUCAACAAGGGAUAACACAAUGCAAGGACUCGGUGCAAAGCCGUUAGUCGCAAUCAAUCCCAUCCUUCCGCCUCCACCAUCCUUCAAGAAACCGUUAGAUCCAAACGUGGACUAUCUAAGUGGAGACCUUUAUGAGACCCAACGGCCCGUGACAACUUCCGGGCCUGCAAACACGGCCCAAUUGCCAAACCAAAAGGCCUCCUCUCCCCAAGAUGAUGACUUCAUAAACCCCACUGCAUAUAUGUUUGCUCCCAAAUCGACAUAUGACGAAAAUGCCCCUCCGAGCAAAUCGGCCGACCAAUUGCCCUCGGCCAACCUCCCGCCUCCACCCUCAAGGUACAACCAGAGGCAGCAUUUUUUCGAGCAGCACCAUGGUGGACCCUCCAGCGAGACGGGCUCGAUGUACAACAGCCUAGUGGGCCAGGCCCAAGGCCUGUCGAUCAAGAACCCGCCAGCCUCUGAUAAGAAGGAAAAGCCCGAGGAUGUGCUUUUUAGGGAUUUGGUGGAUUUUGCUAAGGCCAAGUCAUCGUCUCCCAAGCCGAACAGGUCUUUUUGAAGUGUGGAGUUUAAUACGGUUUAAAAGAUUAUCGAUGGAAUCAUCUCAUGACUUUCUGAUAAAAAAAGAAAAGAAAAGAAUUUAUUGGUGUUCGAAGAUCUUCGAGAGAACUAAGGGCUUACUGUAUAUCUUCUGGAUAAUGAAUGUAAAAAUUGAGAUGUUGGUUGUGAUUUUUUUUUUGAGGAGCUUCUUUCUGAGUCUUUGGUUUGGACUGUUUCUUUUCGAAGGGAGUUGAGAAUUGUUUGUUAAUAAUGUAUGUUCUAAAUUAUUGAUUCUUAUAAAUUUCUCUAUUUGGCUCA